AUGUCGGGGAGAGCUGCCGUGCGCAUUGUCGAAGUCGGCCCGCGCGACGGCCUGCAAAAUAUUCGUGCCCAUGUGCCGACGCCGAUUAAGCGCGAGUUAAUCGAACGUCUCGUGGCAGCGAAAUUGGGCACGGUCGAGCUUACGUCUAUCGUCUCGCCCAAGGCCAUCCCCCAGUUAGCGGACCACGACCAAGUUCUCACGAACCCGAGCAUACUGAGUCUUAUCAGGAAUCCCGAGCUUCGUCUUCCGGUUCUCGUCCCAAAUUUGACGGGAUUCCAGCAAGCGUUAAAGUACGGCGUCCGAGAAGUUGCAGUCUUCAUUAGUGCGACGGAAGGGUUUAGCAGGGCCAACGUCAAUUGUACCGUCGAGCAAGGCCUCCAAAGAGCAGCUGAGGUGACGAAAGCGGCCAAGAGUCACGGUGUAGCCGUGCGAGGUUAUAUUUCUUGCAUCUUCGCAUGCCCCUAUGAUGGUCCUACACCCCACACGGCUGUCCUUCAUUGCGUGAAAAGCCUCCUCAAAGCUGGUUGCUACGAGGUCUCCCUAGGUGACACAAUCGGCGUCGGAACUCCAGGAAAGACGCGCGAGCUGCUCACUUUUCUGCUCACAAACGGCAUACAACCCUCCCAGCUUGCCGGCCACUUCCACGACACCUACGGUCAAGCACUCGCCAACGCAUGGGAGGCCUACCAGUGCGGCAUACGGGUAUUCGACAGUAGCGUGGCUGGCCUAGGAGGGUGUCCGUACGCCCCCGGGGCUCGAGGGAACCUAUCUACCGAGGACCUUGUGUAUAUGUUUGAAGGGGCGGGUAUUGAUACGGGAGUCGAUUUAGGACGCCUCGCUGAGACUGGCGACUGGAUAUCCUCGCUGCUCAAGAUACCAAACGGGAGCAGGGCUGGCGUCGCGACCUUAGCGAAGCAAGAGAUGACGGCCACAAAGCUUUCGCAUCCCGUAGAACAGCUCGCGACACCAUUCCGAUGGAAAAUUGUCAGAGCUGCGGGGGGUCUGACUAUUCUCCGUGACCGCAAGACGGCCAAGGUCAUCCUCGAUAACCCCCAAAACGGCAACGCACUAACUGCCAAUAUGAUUAGCGAACUGACCGCCUUUUUCCAUGACAGCAAACGGGAUAAGUCACUAUCCCGCAUUAUUCUGACCGCUAACGGAAGAUACUUCUGUACAGGAAUGGACUUGUCCAAGGGAGGUAGCCCGGUCGGAAAGGGUGGUAGGACCUCUACGGACCAGUUCAACCUCUUGACGGACCUCUACAAGGCGAUUGACGACGCGGCCCAGGUGACGAUUGCUGGGAUCAACGGCCCUUGCUUUGGCGGCGGAGUCGGUCUCGCGUUAGCCUGCGACAUCCGGAUUGCGUCACCCAACGCGACGAUCACUCUCAGCGAAACAAAGCUCGGCCUAGCUGCCGCUACAAUUUCGAAAUACGUGGUGCGGGAGCUAGGAAUUCCUUUUGCAAGAGAGGCCCUUCUCUCAGGCCGGACCAUACCGGCCUCGGAACUGAAGCAGAAAAGUGUUGUCACCUUAGUAGCCGACAAUGCAGGGACUCUGGACCAAACAAUUGACAGUUACACGUACUCUCUGCGGCAAUGCGCUCCUAAAGCUUCCGCAAUGUCGAAGGAAUUGAUCAAAUUGGGAUGGAAUUCCGCAGGUUCGCAGGCGCAGGAAGAAGGGAUCAAGAAAAUCUUCGAAGCAAUGAUGCGACCAGACGCGGAAGGUUCCAAGGGUCUCGCGGCAUUCCAAUCCGGGCUGAGGAAGAUUGACUGGGAUGAGUUCGCCGCGUCGGAUAAGGCAAAGCUUUGA